AUGCAAAUGAAUGAAAAGCUCAUAAUCUCGAGACCUCUUUAUUUGAAAAGUGACGACUGUGGGUAUUGUCACCAUGAAAAACCACAUUCAAAAGCGUUUCCCACAAAGAGUUGGACCAAUCAUUAUGCUCAAUCCAAAGAGACACCAUCUUCAAUCUCAUUGGGGUUCCAAGUGGAAAACAUGACAGUGGAGCAAUAUGAUCAAUUGAUUAAUAAGGGAUUCAGAAGAUCUGGGAGUUUCUUAUACAAGACUGAUUUGUUGAGAGGAUGUUGUAGGAUGUAUACAAUCAGAACUAAUAUGGAGAUGUUCAAGUUGAAUAAAGAGCAUCGACAGACAAUAAACAAGUUUAAUAAGAAGAUUGGCAUUGAGGGACAUUCAGACGAUUCUAAAGGGUUUGAAUUGGUUAAAGAAUUGAGGAAAAUGGAUCAAUGUGAUCGAUUAAAGAUUAAGUAUGAAGAUAGUGUUUUCACAAAGCGUAAAUAUGAAUUAUUUACAAAGUAUCAAAAUCAUAUACAUGAUGAUUUUAAAACUAGUGAACGGUCAUUUAAAAGAUUCUUGUGUGAUUAUCCAUUCAUGCAAAAUGGGAAGAUUAAAGAUGACGAGGUUUUACAAUAUGGUCCAUUACAUCAAUGUUAUUAUUUGGAUUCAAAAUUAAUUGCAAUUGGAUUUUUAGAUGUUUUACCCAGUGGAAUUUCAUCAAUUUAUUUUAUAUAUGAUCCUGAUUAUAAAGAAUUGGGAUUAGGUAAGAUUAGUGGAUUGAAAGAGAUGGAAUUAUCCCAAAAAUUAGGAUUACAAUAUUAUUAUCUUGGUUAUUUUAUAGAAGAUUGUUCUAAAAUGAGUUAUAAGAAGAAAUUUGGAGGCGAGAUAUUGAAUGUUGUUGAUUAUGAUUAUUAUAAAUAUGAUGAUAUUAAAAGUUAUAUGAAAGAUGGUGCAUUAUUUGCUAUUAAAGAUGGUGUUAAUGUUGUGGAAGAGAUGUAUGGAGUUGAUGGUGAUGAGUUUAAGCAAGCUACAAAGUAUUUCAAGCAUUGGGAAGGUGUUGAUUAUGGCAAGAUCUCUAAUGACAUACUAGAUCAAGAUGAAGGUGAUGUUUAUGGUAUCCCUGGUGUAAUUCCAGGUGUUUUACCUCUUCAAGAGCUAGCCAAUCAAUGGGACACAUCUCGACUUAAAAUGUUGAUAUUUGAGGAUGGGUUUUUAAGGCCUAUAGUUUAUGACUUAGAGAAUGAGCGUACCAAGAGAGUGGUGCUGGACAUUUACAGAGUGAUUGGGCUGGAAUUGCUCAAUCAAAGCGUAGUGUUUAUGUGA